AUGGCACAAAAGUGGAAGUGUUUUCUGUUUAUAACAGAGAGAAGUGGUUUGCAGUCUGUGCUUGCAGUUUGUAAAAAACAGAUAUCACCAAAAGGUUUGACGACAAUAACAUGGCUACCAGACCCCAAAGCGACGAUUAUUUUUGGACAGACAACACCAAACCCACAGAAUGUAAUCAAUGGUGUAGAUCCAUAUCAAACUAAACAUGAUCUUGGCUCCGUGGCAAAAACGAACUCCGUGGCUGACAAGAAUCUGCACUCAAUGGCUAUUGGAACCCGAGAUCCUCUGUUAACUUACGACAACUUUGGAAACAGUGUAUCCAACGUGUACGACCCCAAUACGAACACUGCGGCUACUGGUUCAAAUCUUGUCUCAAACAGCGCCAACGACGUCAGUGUUGGUGACACCCCAAUGUCAGGGAGUGUCGUCGUGACCAACCUCUCCUCUUCACCGGUGGCGGACCGGAAUACCAACAUGGCCGCAGGAAGUCUUACAGACACGGCCAGUAGCGCAGGAUCUGUGGACGCUCUUGGUAAUACUGUAGGAGAUACAGGAGCAGUAGCUGGCUCCUCCAGCCCUCCUGGCACAGAGUAUUUCAUUAAUGUAGGAGUAAGAGAUGGCGGAAGAGGAGGAGGGGGAGUGGCAUCAAGCUCCUCUGGUACAGACCCUCACGGAACUGGAGGAGCAUUAGGAGGAGCUAUAUCUGACCCUUCUGUAACGGAUCCUUCGGGUAAUACAGUAAUAGGAGAAGCAGGAGGGGUAGCAGGCUCCUCCCAUGUGGAUCCUCCCGGGAACUCAGCAGCAUUAGUAGGAGGUUCAAUAUCUGGGACGGAUUCUUUGGGAAAUACAGCAGUAGCCGAUGUAGGAGGAACAGGCGUAACGGGAGGAGGUGCAGGAGGAGUAACAGGAGGGGUAGGAGCAGGGGAAGGGGUAUUAAGCUCCUCUAGCCAAGAUCCUUUCAGAAAUACAGCUGUUGUAGGAGAAGGAACAGUAUCUGGUUCCCCCGGCACUGAUUACUUCAGUAACACAGGAACAGGAGGACACGUGGGAGGACAAGACACAGCUGGGUCCCCGGGAACUGAUCCUUAUGGUAAUACAGGAGUGGUAGGAGGAGGAGGAGUAUCUGAAACCUCUUUCGGUAACAUAGGACAAGCAUCAGAAGGGGUGUCUGGCACGGCUAGUACAGAUAAUUUCGGCAACCCAACUGGAGUAUUGGGAGGAUCUUAUGAUGCAUCUGGCUCCUCCAUUAGGGAUCCCUUUGGAAAUUCAGGCCUAGUGGGAGAAGCAACAGACGGGGGACAAGUAGUAUCGGGUCCAUCUGGUACGUUUGUAGAUGCUACUGGUAAUACAGCAACAGACACAGGACCAGCAAUAUAUGACCCCUCUGGGACACACCCUUUCAGUAAUACAGUAGGAGAAAGGGGAGGAGGCAGCGGAGGAGUUACAGUAUAUGACCCCUCUGGACUUCAACCCACCAGUAAUACUGGAUCAGUAGCAGAAGCGACAGCUGGCCCAUCUGUUACACAUCCUUUCAGCAAUAUUGUAGGAGGGAAAACGGAAGGAGGAGGCGUGGGAGGAGGUUCAAUAUACGAUCCUUCUGGCACACAACCUUCCGGUAAUACUGGCACACAUCCUUACAGCAAUGCAGUAGGAGCAGUAGGGGCAGGAGGAGGAGGAGGAGGAGGAGUAGACAGAGUAGGAACGUCACAAGCUUGGUCCUCGGGCACGGGAUCAGUGGCUAGUACAGCAGACGGAGGAGCAGGUGGACCAGUGUCUAGUUCUUCCGGGACAGCUACUGUCAGCCAGAGAACAGGCAGCCAGGCCGUGGAUAAUUUCAACUAUUUCAAGAAACUGUUCGCCGGUCAGUCUGACAGCUGGAUACGGAAGCUAUCUGAUUCAAUGGGCCAACUUUCUCAAAGUCAAAUUCAAACCAUACUGACAAAACUGAAGUCAGCCAUCGCACAAACGAGUGCCACACGUAGACCGACACCAGUUGCUACAACGAGUCAGUCCCAGUUCCGCCCAACAAACAGGGGAUGGCAGUUUCCCUCAACAACAGUCCGCCCGGUCACAGUCAACUCCGCCACGGUUCUAUCCGUCACAGUCAACUCCGCCACGGUUCUAUCCGUCACAGUCAACUCCGCCACGGUUCUAUCCGUCACAGUCAACUCGACGACAGGUAUCUAGGCCACGUCAGUCAAUCCAGCAGGAGCCGAAAUUGGAUCCUUGGAUGUCAGGUUUAGCUUCUAUGGCAUUAUCUGGAGGAGAGGUGCCACCAGCAUUACUGAUGUAUGGUUUGAACCCACAAAUGCAUAAGAAUCCAU